GAGGCAGAAUCUUCCGGCUCUGGAAACACCAGCUGAGUUCUUCACAGCGUCUGAGGUCUGAGCACCCUGCCAGUGACAUCAGACCAUUUCCACAGGAUUCUUUUUGAAGCAGAGCCAGGAUGAGUGUCCCAACCCCACCCAGACUCUUGGACCUGGCUGGAAUGCACCUGAUCAGGGAAGAUGCCUUGGUCUGUUCUGCUCUGGAGUUUUUGCCUACAGAGCUCUUCCCACCCCUCUUCAUGGACGCCUUCCAUGGGAGACACAUCAAGACCCUAAAGGCCAUGGUGCAAGCCUGGCCCUUUGUCUGCCUGCCUCUGGGGGGCCUCAUUGACCUGCCUCAUGUGGGGCCCCUACAAGCAGUGCUGGAAGCACUUGAUGUCCUGCUUUCCCAGAAGGUUCGUUCCAGGAGGUGCAAACUGCGGGUGCUAGAUUUGCGGAAUACUGGCCAGAGCUUCUGGAGUAUGUGGUCUGGAGCCAGCACCCAUGGGUUCUCAAGCUUCAGAAUGGCACCAGUGGCUGAGCAGAGCUCAAGGACCCAUCAGCCCUUGCCUCCCCUGAAGAUAUACAUAGAGCUUUGCCUGAAGAAAAUGACCCUGGAUAACUUCCUUACCUACCUCCUCAGGUGGAUGGAGCAGAGAAAAACUUCCAUUCACCUCUGCUGUAAGAAGCUGACCAUCUUUGCAAUGCCUGUGGAAAAUAUCAUGAAGGUCCUGAAUAUGGUGCAGCUGGACUGCAUCCAGGAGGUGCAAGUGAAUUGGAUUUGGCAUCUGUCCACCCUGGCCAAGUUUGCUCCUCUCCUGGGUCAGAUGAGCAACAUGCAGAGACUCCUUCUCUCCCGCAGUCACGUGUCUGCUCUUGAGAAGCAGGAGCAGCAGGAGCAAGUUGUCCAAUUUACCUCUCAGUUUCUCAAGCUGCACCAUCUCCAGGAUCUCUAUCUAGACUCUCCCUCCUUCCUUGAAGGCUGCCUGGACCAGAUGCUCAGAUGCCUGAUGACCCCCUUGGACCACCUAGCAAUAACUAACUGCCGGCUUACAGAAUUAGACCUGACCCAUCUGUCCCAGUGCCCGAACAUCCAUCAGCUCAAAGGCCUGGAUCUGAGUGGGGUCACCAUGACUGACUUUAGUCCUAAGAUCCUCUGCAUUCUUCUGGAGCAAGUUGCAGCCACCCUCCAGGAACUGAACUUAGAGAAGUGUGGGAUCACAGAGUCCCAAUUUGAGUCCAUCCUGCCUGUCCUGACCUGCUGUUCCCAGCUCAGGACCUUCAGUCUGUGUGGGAAUGUCCUCUCUAUGGCCAUCAUGGAGAAGCUGCUGAGUCACACCACUGGGCUGUUAUACUUAAGUGAUGAGUUUUACCCUGCCCCUCAGGAGAGUUACAGCCCUCAUGGAGCCCUCCACCUGGGCCGACUGGCCAAACUUCGGGAUAAACUCAUUGAGAUUAUGCGGGAUUUAGGACGUCCACGGGCCAUCUGGCUUAGCUCCAGCCCAUGUCCUCGGUGGAGCAAUAAGACAUUCUAUCCUGAGGAGCCCUUUCUGUAUCAAUGUUACAUGUCUGCCUAGUUGGAUGCACCUGCCAAAGCUUUCUUCUGGGCACUUGGAAACUAAAACAUGGGGAAUAGAUGCAUCAUAAAAGGAAAACUGAUCCAUGGUUUCAGACAUCAGCUCAGUAUGAAUGGGAAAAGUUAAGAUGAUACAGUGGAGAUGCAGGAUUUCAAGGAGAAAUGUAGACUCUGAGAGGUGUUGGGACCUUCAGAGACUUGGGUUUAUAGCAUCACAAAGAUGAAUCUAAUUUUCUGGAUGGAAAUUUUGUAUGCAUAUGUGGCAUUAUUUUUGAGUGGAGAUUGUAAAUAAAUGGUCACAAAGAAACCUUUGUACUUGUA